GCAUUUGUUUGAACACGGAGGGUUACGAUGUUGGCAGACUUUUUAACUUCAAAUGGUUCCCAUCCUUUGAUGCGCCGUCGCUUCCACAAUGCCAUCCUCAGUGCGGUGACAGAAUUAUACAAUCAAGUUCAGCCAAAGCGAUUUGCGGGGCGAGCGUUGCAAGCAGAAACUCGACAGUCAGCUCUCGACUAGUGCACGUGCAUGACACCUCUUGGACAUAAGUUAGACACUUGACUCCCAAAGUUUCAUGAGAUGAGUUCAGAACUUCGUCACUCUGUCGUGCUGGUUUAGCUUUCUGACAAGUCUAACUUAAGAGCAACAUUUUUAGUUCCGGACUCACGGCUCGCAGAGCAAAGAAGCAAACGUAAUCCAAGUUGUUAUAGCGCCUACAAUUCAUAGUUGGUGUAUCGCCUACAAAUUCAAAAGUUCUGAGAGAAAUUCGCGUAUUUUUGAGACACCAUGAGUGCCGACACGAUGCGAGCUCCCACCUACAACGUGGCGCACCUGUUAAGCGCGGUCCAGACCGAGAUGACGCGGGGCAGCGAGAAGGGAGACCCGAGCGAGAAGGGACUGAAAGUCACGCUGGAGGACCGGGACCUGUGGCGGCGGUUCAGCAAGCUGACCAACGAGAUGAUCGUCACCAAGACCGGCAGGCGGAUGUUCCCCGUGCUCUCCUCCUCAGUCACCGGCCUGAACCCCAACGCCAUGUACUCCAUUCUGUUGGACUUCACCCCAGCCGACGAGCACCGGUGGAAGUACGUGAACGGGGAGUGGGUACCGGGCGGUAAGCCCGACUCCCCGCCGCCCAGCACGGCCUACAUCCACCCCGACUCGCCCAACUUCGGUGCGCACUGGAUGAAGCAAAGCGUCUCCUUCAGUAAAGUCAAGCUGUCUAACAAACUCAACGGCACUGGACAGAUCAUGUUGAACUCUCUUCACAAGUACGAGCCGCGCAUCCACGUCAUACGGGUCGGUGGGCCGGAGAAGCAACGCCUCAUACGUAGCUUCAGCUUCCCUGAGACGCAGUUCAUUGCCGUCACCGCCUACCAGAACGAAGAUAUCACACAGCUCAAAAUAAAGUACAACCCGUUUGCGAAAGCCUUUCUGGACAUCAAAGAAAAGGGCGAGCAUGAAUUUGAAGACUGUCAUGAUCACCAACAGCCAAGAUACCCACAACUCGGCAGUUGGUUUUUACCGAGCGCAGGGACCCUAUGUCCGCCGAGCCCUCAUCACCAAUUCCCUCCGUCACUCGGCAUGCCUUCCCCGGUCUCCCACAGCUGUGCCGUAGAGAGGUACGGCAGCCUCCGGAGUCAUCGCUCGACACCUUACCCUCCACCGCCUUACGAACAGAAGUACUCCCCUACAAGCGCAUAUGCUACAGAUUCCACGGCAUCUUCCUUGUCACUUCUCCCCGCCCACGAGGCAUGGUCUCCCCUCGGUAGCUCCACCCACCACACCAGCAACAUCACAACUUCCCCCUCCCACCAGUACGGCGGCGUCUGGGCUCCCGUUACCUCCUCCGCAGUCCAACCCGCCUCAAGCUGCGGCGUGGGUUCCCCUGUGCACACGUCACUCCUCCGCGCAGCUUACUCCAAUUACAGCCAGCCUAGCACUUCGUCCAUCACAGGGGUACCACGCCCGCCGGCUGGCUCCAUGUCAUCGUCCUGCGCCGGGUAUCAAAACUACAACAGUCCAUCCGAAAUCCACGGAGGUUUAAACUCGACCGACGCGAUUGGGAGCUACCCAACCGUUGGAAAUCAGCUAUACACCGGUAAGGUUGGCGCGUGGAGCCCGCUGACCCCACCCUCACCCGGAGUUUAGAAGUCGGUACUGGAGAUUCAUGAACUCUUCCAUACGUUUCAAUUAACAGUAAAAACAAGGCCGGCAGAUUUUUAAAAAAAAUACCUCAAUUUUGCAUGUCCCAAGCGAAAUUCAAACGAAAGACAAGCUGCACUAAGGCAUAUGCUGAAAAAUUUGCGGUGAUCAUGCAUUUAAUACAGUGUACUAUAUUAUAUAUUUUCUGUCGACUGAUGUUUUUUUGUUCUAAUACACUGUACAUGUAGCUCUUUUCAUUCAUUGUACUUUUGUCGAUUCCCGAAUGACAAAAACGAUAGCAGGCUAUCGUCUUCUAGGAACAGUUCCCCAAAAUAUUAACCAAAAUUAGCAUUACUUCAUUUGUUAUUGGAACUUAUUUGUUAAGUUAUUGUACAAUUAACAUAGAUGGCCAAUCAUGGUACAUGUAUAUGCAAGACAGGGUACAUACACGAAUGUAUAUAUUUUUGUAAGUUAAGUUAGAAGGACAGUUUUAAUACCCUUGGAAUAAUCAAAAUCAUUUGAAUGUCAAUUGAACUGUCAAAAACUAGAACCAUCUUCAAUAAAUUCCAUAUCCAAAUUAAUAAGUAUAAUUUAGCACACAAAAAUAGAUAAUGAAAUCUCAGCUAUAGGCAUUAUGUACAGUUGUCUUAAAGAGAAAUUGUUGACAUUCGUUUUUGAAUAUCCUUUUUAAACUCGAGAACAGUUUGUGUAUAUAAUAGCUGUCGUUUUGUACAAAAAGUUCAAGGUAGGCAUUAUGUAAACUGCAGCUGGAUUUCUGCGACUGUUACAUGUGAAGAUUUCUAGGUUUCGCAAUAUUUUAAUGCAACGUUUUGAGUUAUAGCAUCGUAAUGUUAUUCUAGAUGGAGGAAGAAAUUGACACAAUAUUCAUGUGCAUUCAAUGUGUUACAUGUAGACGUAGUUUAUAAACAUAUGAUGAAAUAAACAUAUGAUUUACAUUUUUUUUUUAACAAAUGAUGUAAACUUUCAAACGAUUCUCUUCCAGCCCAGCUUCCCCCCCCCCCCCCGGUUUAAAUGUGACCUCUCAUUCCUUCUGUAAAUAUUGUUUGUAAAUUUGAGAUACAGAGUUAAUAAAAUGAAUUUACCAACUUAAAGGAGA